ACCAAGUCCCACAGCUGUUAUAAAGGGAAAUUUUGCAGCUUUUCAUUCUGCAAACAGGAAAAUUUAGUAUAAAUUCUUAUGGCAGACUGAACCAACAACCAUUCAAAAUUUCAAAAUGGCUUCUUCUACUCAGAUUUUGGUUCAGGCAGCUUCAAGUGUGGUCACAUCAGAAGCCAUGGAAGAUGAAGAUAGUAAUUAUUCAGAAACAGAAAUUGCUGCAUUUUAUUCCAGUGACGAUUACUUAAUUUAUGAAAGUGAAGAUGAUGAAUACGUCCCAGGAGUAAAGCUCUACGAAGGCCCGGACCUCACCAACUACCGUAUGGAAGCUGUGCGGUGUGAUCUGGGACAAUAUGAAACAUGUCCUCCUGCCAUGUUUGUCAAGCAGCAGAGGAGAGAGUUGGAAAAGGACGUGAUGAAGAGGGAGGCUGUUACCCUACACGAGGAGUACCCCACCCGCGUAAGGUGCAGCUUGUGCCUCACGAAUUUGGCCACCAGGGUGGCAGUUCCCUGUGGCCAUUGGAUCGGCUGCAUUGAUUGCGUUGUGGCAUUCAUUGAGACGCGCAAUUUUUAUCAAAUUAUGACUGAUGUCAAUGAUAAGGGUGUGCCCCUCCCAAUCAAAUGCCCCCAAUGCAACGCUUUGGUGGGCAAAUUAAUAUGGCCACAUAAGAGUGCAAGGUGCCAGUCUUCGAACGUUCUCUAAAAUCUCUCAUCGAUCUGGAAGUCGUACAAGGACAACCUGAGGAUUUACAUGAAGAACCUCGACUUCUUGAUUUUGUGGAUCAUGUUUGCUUCGCCUCACAAAGUUCUUCAUCCGUGUUUUUUUGCGUUAAGUAGUUUGAAAUGAGAGGCCGCAGUAUUUGAUUCCGUAUCUGUUACCAACUUUUCUGGUUUUAAUAUUUUCGGAAGAUCCGUAUUUUGAUGAACAUUAGGUUGCACUUCACUGACCUGUCUUCUCCUUCUCAUGGUUUCGAAUUCUGUCAAUUAAAUUGUAAUAAAAAAGUAUUUAGAUCAAAAUAUAUAGGCUUUAAUUGACAGAAUUGAACUCUAGAGAUGGAACAUGAUAAAAUGAGAUUUAACGAUAAAUAACAAACUAUAUGGUAACUAAGUCAGCUGUAUUUAUCAUGUCAAAUACCUUAAAAUGAAUCUUAAGUCCUUGUACCGCUUGUAACAUGUCAAAAAUAUAUUAAUGUAAUAAUACUAUGUGCAAAUAAUGUUUCCUCAUAAAAUCUUAUUGUUUUUUGAAUUAGAGUAACAAUAAUUGUAGCAACAGUGCAAUAUAUAGGUACCGUAACUUGACAAAAUUGAGAAUCUUCAUACUAACUUGUUCUAAUAACUUUCAAGUUUUGUUCUUGUUUUAUUUAGUUAUGUUUUGUUUUAAGGAUAAAUUGUUUUAUUUAGUUCUGUUCAAAAAACUGUAUCCCUUCUAAUUGUGCACUACUCAACUGGGAAAUUUUAGAAAUUAAUUCUAAAUGACUCACGACGUGUUAAAUUCACUAUGCAAUUGAAUUUUGUACAAAUUGUAACAAACAGUUUCUUUGAGAUAUGAAUCGAGUAUUGAAUUAGGAUAAGGUUAUAGAUGAGAUAGUAUUAGAAUAAGUUUUGAUAUACAGUUUGUAAAAAUAUGAUAAAAGUCUUGCAAUAUUACCCUAUUACCAGAAAUAGUAAUAGUAGUUUUACCAGAAAUAUACCCAAAAAUUAUUAUUUUCAGUUCCUUGCUUUUGAAUUGAUUACUGUAAUGUUAUUUUUAGAUUUCAGUGUCUUGUUUUGUUAUUUCAUAGGCAUUUCCAAAUAUAUCAAAAUCUAAAUUGAUUU